UACCGGCGACGUCCGAGCAGUCGCCAGUGAAAAGCCACUCGUAAGGGUGGUCUUUUCUAGACCCCAAUCAUGAUGCCCGGCUCCACGAUCGAACUUCCACAGCAGAGCAUUGAAAGCGCCGCCACCAACGUCACAAACCCAGUAUCGACAGACCACAUCACCCCUGGACAACACUGCAUGCCGAACGACUCAACUCACGAUGCUCAUGACACCGCGUCCAAGUUCUGGACGUCCGAGUCGGUAGCGAACUCGUCUGAGACCGGGGUCGAAAUUAUGGAUGAAAGCAACACCAACAACGAAGAGUGGAACAAGGCACGAUCACGUAAGCGAUCACACAAAACACUGUCCGACUCUGCUUCGAGUUCGGGAACAGUUCGCAAACAGCCGAACGUCAGUGAAGGACUCACAGUAAUCUUUGCCGCUACGAAGCCUGACCAAAAGCUAGCAACUUUAAGCAGCUUGAGGCUUUCCAACGCCCUAGAGAAGCUCUGUCCAGAGUGCAUCCUUCAGAUCCGCCCCAACGAGCGCCUCAACGUCGUCGCCGUUGAUGUGCGCAACGGACAAACAACAAGGACGCUGCUGAAAUGCCCUGAACUUUGUGGUGUCUCUGUCAGGGCCUACCAAUCCCUCGAGGGCCCCACAUCGAUUGGUGUCAUAAAAAAUGUCGAUGCUGAACUGUCAGAUCCUGAAAUUCUAGAAAACCUGCGAUCGGAUGGCCGCAUAGCCAGAGUACGUCGUCUUGGGGCGACAGGUGUCGUAAAGCUGACAUUCAACAGUUCACCAUUGCCAAGCUUCGUGCUGCUAGGACGAGUACGACACCAAGUGACGGAUUUCAAACCCCGUCCAAUCCAGUGUCGCAACUGUGGUGGUUUUGGGCACUUUGCAGUCUCAUGCACACGUUCUUCCGCAUGCUCUCGUUGUGCAGAGCCGCAUCCUAUAACUAACACCACGAGCAACACCAAAUGUAAAUCCACGGUGAUCAAGUGCGUCAACUGUGGAGAAGCACAUGAAGCUACAUCUCCAGCGUGUUCAAAAUGGAGAGAAGAGCAAAAUGUCGUCACGUACGCCAAGAGAAAUGCCGUUGACUACCGCUCUGCCAGAAUUAUUGUAAAGCAGGCGUCGGGAGUCAUACCAGAGCCCAUUCUCAAUGUGGUGGCCAACAGCACCUCCAAGAAAAGUGGAGAAGCCCCAGUGCAGGACAGGCAACCCCCAGCCCUUGACGAUAAGGGUUUAAGCUAUGCCGCAGCACUCAAGACCGAUCCUCAAAAAAAUAUCGAAAGACCACCUAACAACAACUCUGCAACAACGUCUAAUAAGCCAAAACCCGGUGUCACCAUUCCGACGGGCACUGAAAAGUCGACAUGCAACGGAGCAUCUAUCAAAAAAUCUGAACACUCAACGGGAGUCACCAAUAUUGAACCAACAUCAACGGCUGACUCUUCAAAAAGAUUACCCCGAGAUGCUCCGGAAAAACCUACGGCAAAUUGGAUAAAAUUAUUCAGAAUAGCAGCAGAAAUGGCGUGCGCUUAUCUUGAUGGCAUUGAUGCCUCGUGGGCACACAUUCUAUGCGGUUUCAUUCAGGCAGCGUUCCCACUGCUGAAUAUAGCAUAAUGCUGCAUCCCAACAUCCACCCAAAGAGACGCACCCGAAAUAUUGCAUGUCCAACAGUGCUUCAAUGGAAUACUAACGGCAUACAACAACGCCUCUCAGAUCUACGCCUACAUUUAAAGACCAACCGAUACGACGUCCUAGCCCUUCAAGAAACUCGUAUAAAAUACGGCAAAUUCAGACUUUCUCCAUACGUCGUUUAUCAGGGCCUACUGCCAGUUACUGAAAACACGAAGAACGAAGUGCCGAAAGCCACGAUACUUGUCCGAAGAGAACUGGAUCAGCGUCAAAUAGAUUUGACAGACUUAUGUGACGAUGCUGCUGAGUUCACCGGUGUAACGAUACGUAAAGGGGACUGUGACACCACCAUAGUUUCUGCGUACGUCCGUCCGGGAACCAAAUGGGACCCUACGAU